AUGGCUGGCGGUGGUCACAACAGUCUCGCCUUUGACCCGGCGCUGGUCAAGUACAACCUGGAUCGUUACAGACACUUCAAGUGGACUCCUCGUACUGCCUGGCUCUCGAUCAUCUUCGCUAUCGCUAUUCCUAGCUCGCUUUACUACGUCGCCAACAAGACUGAUGGCAAGUACGAGUUCCGCGGCAAGAGAAGAGGAGAUACCAUGAAGGAGUUCUAA